UUCAGUGAGUGAUGCAAGGCGAACGAAUGUGAAUCAAGCCCGAGUGUGGGUGUAAGAUAUUCCACACGACUUGGAUGUAUUCGUUAAUGUAUUGAUAUACAGACAGUACACCACGUUAUUAUUUUCUAUACGAACGUGAAAACGUAAAAGUGCCGCCGCGAGGGUUUUCAAUGGUGAAAACGCAACGUUUGGCCGAGUGAGCUAGCUACGUUUGCUAGUUAGCCUGGUAGCUAUAUCCUCGUUUUUGCUACAAACUGAACUCCACGAAACGGGGACAUUGGAGUACUAAUAAGGUCAAGUUAUCCGCUCAUUCUCGCCAACAGCCCCUUCCCCCAACCCUGGUGUCCUUCGUACGGCCCUGAGAAUAUGAUACAGAAUGAGUCAGAGAGACACCCUUGUUCAUCUGUUUGCUGGAGGGUGUGGGGGAACGGUGGGGGCCAUCCUGACAUGUCCCCUGGAGGUGGUGAAGACCAGGCUCCAGUCGUCCUCCAUCACGCUCUACGUGUCUGAGGUGCAGCUGAGCACCGUCAGCGGGCCCAGCGUGGCCCGCAUGUCCCCGCCCGGGCCCCUGCACUGCCUCAAGUUGAUUCUGGAGAAGGAAGGACCUCGCUCCCUGUUCAGGGGCCUCGGGCCUACCCUGGUGGGAGUGGCCCCCUCUAGAGCUAUCUACUUUGCUGCGUAUUCCAGUGCCAAAGAGAAACUCAAUGGGGUGUUUGAGCCCGACUCCACACAGGUGCACAUGGUCUCAGCCGGCUUAGCAGGGUUCACCGCCAUCACUGCCACCAACCCCAUCUGGCUCAUUAAGACCCGGCUGCAGCUCGACGCCAGGAACCGAGGGGAGCGCAGGAUGAGUGCGUUCGACUGCGUGCGGCGGGUGUACCAGUCAGACGGCCUGCGGGGCUUCUACCGGGGCAUGUCGGCGUCCUACGCCGGCAUCUCAGAGACUGUGAUCCACUUUGUGAUCUACGAGAGCAUCAAGCGGCGCCUCCAGGAGGCCAAGGCCUCGCACACCAUGGAGGACGAGGAGGAGGCGUCCAAGGACGCGUCGGACUUUGUGGGGAUGAUGCUGGCCGCGGCCACGUCCAAGACCUGCGCCACCACCCUGGCUUAUCCACACGAGGUGAUCCGCACUCGGCUACGAGAAGAGGGCUCCAAGUACCGCUCCUUUUUCCAGACUCUGACCACAGUGCCCAAGGAGGAGGGCUACCGGGCCCUGUACCGGGGCCUCACCACCCACCUGGUGCGCCAGAUCCCCAACACCGCCAUCAUGAUGUGUACCUACGAGCUUGUGGUCCACUUACUGAACCGUUAACCCCUUCCGCACCCCACGUUUCACCCACUAAUGACCUGUGCCCCCCCACCUUACAUCCCCCCUACCUUAGUUUAACCCCCCACCCCCCCAAAAAAAUAAUAUACCCAACACUUUCAUAACUGUCCUGAGAAAGAUGAAGUUCAGAGUCCCUCCUCCCCCCCCCACUCCCCACAAAGAGGCCCCUUCCACCUCACCAAUCUGAAGAGGACUGGAGACUGUGGGUGCCCCCAUCCUGCUGAAACGAUAGCUAAACCAACACAGCUUAGGUUAGGGCGAGAGCGGCGGGAGCAGGCAGUGUGGGGCAGUGUGUGACCUCUGGAGGUACGGCUUUCCACAAACACUUCAGACUAAUUGUCUGGUAGAAGGCACCUGCUUGUGUGAGCACACAGAGGAAUCUGACUUAGGGGGGAACCCGUGACCUGUCGUAGAAACGUGUAACAAUACUAAUUAUCUUAAGCAUAUGUAACCCUACUCACUACUACCUACAUGGAGUUGAAUGUGUGAAACCAAAUGCUGUGUUUGCGACUGAAGGUUCAGUUAUUAGUUGUAAAACUAGUUCUUGAUUAAUCUACUUGUUGAAAUAGAGCUUACUCGCAUUGUAGAGGUCCCAAGCUAACUUCCUUAGCCGUACGGAGUGAUCAUGUAAAUGACUGCUAAAUGACUAAAUAUGUAAAAGUACACCUGGUAGAAACAGAACGGCUCGACGUGGCCUCGGCGUUUGUCGAGGAGGAAGUGGCUGUGUGAGACCCUGUGAAAGCUGACAUAGAAGUAGUAGAGAGGAGAUGGUGGGGGGUGCCUUGUGAGACGAUUCAAACAAACCUUUAGAAAUGCACAGCGGUGAUGGGAGGAGGAGGGGCGGUGGGAGGGGGGGGGGUCGGCAGAGUUGGGGCUGCAGCAGUGCAUAACCACGCAUGGCGAAGGUCCACUGCGCUUGCAUUAGGAACAACCCCCCCCUGACACGCACCAACACUCUCAUCACAUAUCAGCCUUGAGACCCCCUGGCGCCAAAAUGUAAUAUGACAUUUACAGGUGUACUGACAUCUGUACUUGAAGGACGUCUUAAUGCAGCUGCCUGUACUGGAUGUCUGUGUGGAAAGACAGUUCUGUAAAUCCGGCCUGUUUGUCACAUAACUAACCAGGCAGUGACAUCAUUCAAAUCUGGCCUUUUACCUCUCAUAGUCAGUGGUUAUUAUCGUAUGGAUCAGUAUCGAGAUGUAAGCUCGACCGCCAAUCAGAAUCCAAGCAUUCACACCUAGACUUACAGUAACUACUUGAAUGUAAACAAACCCAAGAAAUAACCAAACUAAAGACACUGGGAGUGAAAUUAAGACCAACUGUGUGAAUAUUUAAGAAAUAUUAACUGAUAAAACGAAUGAAAAACGUAACCAGUUUAACCUGCUAUUAGUUCUAAUAAGUGAUAGUGUUAUUGGAGAUGGAUCUUUGUAGACAUGAAGAUGUGACACAGUUUCAGAUUUCCACCCAGGUGACGGGGUGAAACGACAGCAUUUGAGGCGGGAGGCGACGGGACAGCGUGCCCCUGUGACCCCUCCCCACACAUCCCUCCCCCAGACAACUGUCCUUUUUAACGCACUUUUCUGUUGCUCUCUUUGGUCCACAGUUGCUCCCCCCCCCCCCCUUUUAUUUGGCAUCCGCUAUUUUCUCUGUGUCCGAACGGUAACGUGUGACUGGCAGGGGCGAUCCUAUGUCAAGUGGUCACUUUGAAUAACGUGUGCAUUGUACAGUUAAGCCUGUGUUUGGGGAAGGCUGGGGAGCUCUGUCUCUGUGGCAUGUGUGAAAUGCGUGCACCAGAAGGACGAACUCCCGCAUCCUUUCCCCCUUCCAUGUGCGUUAUGCAGUAAACGUACGGUUAGAAGAAGACAAACUGUUUUCGUGAAAGAAAACAAUAGAGCUGCAUUUCAACUGAUAAAAGAUGUUUCAUUUUGAAACUGUUUUACUAUAUCUCAUGUCGUUUUUAAAUAGGACUGUUUUGUUUUUCCGACAAUCUUUCGUUGGAGCUGUAAGACACUUUUCGAGUUUGGCCUCCAUUCAUUUAUUUGUCAUUUACCUUUUCUGUCAUGUGUUGUGAAAACUGUGAGAAUCCAACGUUCAUCUCAUUCGUGUUGUGUUUACAUCCACCCACGUAACCAUGGAGAUGCCCUUCCAUACUGACCUUACCCAGCUCACAAGACGUGCCCAGAGCCACACUAACGUAGGCACGUCUUGUGGUAGUCACUGGCCUAAAUGUUCAACUAGUCGUAGACUAUACUCAGAUCCUGAGAUCUCCUGAAUUCAGUAUCAAAUACCCCCAAAAAGCUGAACCUUAAGUGUUAUUUAAAAAUGUAUGCUCUGGUCUCAGUUCCCUGCCUAUAUAUGCAUGCUCGCUCAAAUCUGCAAUCAGCAUAACCAGUGAGAAUUGAAGGUGAUGAAGCGAUUGCGACAUGGUAGCCAUUGGUUGUACACUGUAUGCGCCUCUUGCUCGGCCUUCACCGAGCUGCCCUGUCACAAUCCAAGGUCCAGAGCCGACGAGGCACGCAGAAAGGUCCAGACAUGCCCCACCCCCUGUAUCAGGCUUCACUCACAACACACAUGGAAGGAUCUAUGUCGAUCUAUGUCUCUCACGUUCUCUCUGCAUGUUUAAAAUAUGAAGAGUGGACAUGUCAUCACCACACAUCUGUCAUUUUAAACACAUGCUGCUGUGUAUGAACCUUGAGCCAAUGGGUGGUUUAAUGCUGCUUCUGAUGUUGGGGCACCACUCAAUGGGUGUGCAUGUUUAGGAAGCCUGGGUAGCUUAGGUGGGUGGAUACUUCCAGAUUGACAUUUCUUGCAAUUGUAGCCCAAAGGGGAGACUGAACAUGCACAGCCCGGCACCCAGGGUCAUGGUGCUGGCAGUUCUCAUUGGUUUGCGAGACAGAAGAUGCUCCGUGCGAGCCUCUGUUGUAUUUACAGGUUUAUGCAUUGCAAAGUGUGGGGCUGUUGUGUAUUGUAUUGUUUGGUGAUAUGGGAUGCACAGCCUCACAUGGUUCUCCUUUUGUCCCCCAAUGUUUGGUGUGUGUGUGUGUGUGCGUGCCUGUGUGUAUGUGUGUGUGUGUGUCAGUGACGGCACAUUCACUAACAUUUCAUGUCAUUCUUGUUUUGUUUGUGUGUGUGAGCUCGUAGGAGUAUGCACUCUAACCCAGAACCGCUAACAGUGUUGCUUCCUCCCCCAUGUUCUCAUUUCUUUUGUUUGUCCAUUCUGUAUUUUUUUUUUUCUUCUCGUGGUGUUUUCUGAGCCUACUGGAAGUGUGGCUUAUUCUAUGCAUUCUCAACCCCUGGUUUUGUAAAAUAGAAAUCAAUAAAAUGGAAAGAGUGCAAGUA